AUGAAAGCUUCCUUCGCUACUUUGCUGGUCCUCGUAUUCUUGAUCAAGACCGCAACAUUGGUUCAAUCUCGAACUCAACAUCAUACCUUGUCAAGUUGUCAAAAAGUUGGUCCUGUAGAAGUUCAAUGGACCUGUGAUGAAGCCAACAAUCGAUUAACUGCAAAAUUUGUUAUUCCUAAUGCCAGUGGUUAUGCUUCAGUUGGUUUCAAGCAAGGAACUACACGAGGAAUGGCACAAACCACAAUUUUAUUAGGUUAUGGCAAUGCUCAAGUCAACGAGUAUUAUGCUGAUUCCAACUCCAUGCCAACCCGUCUCUCCUCCAAUCAAUUCAUCUCUGCCAAUUCGAGCACUGUUGGUUCCACCACCACUCUCUCCCUCGUUCGAUCCUUGUCACGACCUGGAAAUGCACCUUCUACUUAUUACGCCUUUUCGAAAGGAACCAAUACGACUCUAUUAUUUGCAACUUCAUCCAGUGUCCCAACUUCCCCUCAAACCUUUUCAAAGCAUGACUCGACCAUGUUCUAUGCUCUUGCUGUGGAUUUUUAUAAUAAUAAUAUUAAUACUUGUGGAGGACAUGUGAGUCCAAGUCAAUCGAUCAAGAAACCAUCUGGAUCGACAUCGGUUAAGAGAAAUUCUGCAGAAAGAGUGAGUGGUUCAUUUGCAAUGUGGAUGGUUAGUGUUGCAGCCAUGACUGCAGUGAUGGGAUUAGUUUGGUAG